CCUUUAGCUAACGAAAAUAUUUUACAAUGGAUAUCUUGAUAUUGGCUUCAGGUGAUACCCAUUCCUCUCACUCUCCUAGGAAUGAUGAUAGUGAAAGAGAAAUGAAAGUCAAUCUGAAGGAAGGAAAGGCUGAUCAAGAUGAAGAAAUACUAAAACAAGAAGUCACUAUUGCAAACAUUGAUGAAAAUGAGUCUAAAUUGAAAGACAGAAUUGCUCAAUGUCGUGAUAUAAUAGAAUCUUUAAAGCUUGAGUUGAAUGAAGAGAAAGAAAAAUUAAAAAUGGAAACUACUUCAUUUGAGCAGGAGACGGCGGCUUCCGUUGCAUUCGAACAUAACGCCUCUGCUUCAAAAGACUUUGUAGAAAGUACUACCGCAAAUUAUAGUUCAUGUAUAGAUAGUAAACUAAAUUAUGACGAAAAUUUGAUGGAGUACGAAAAGCAGUUACAAAGAUAUCAAAAUACUUUGAACAUGGCUCAAUUAGAAAAAAAGAAUGCAAUAAGAAAGCAAAUGCUUGCAAAAGCCUAUAGGCUUAAAUUGAUGGAAGUAGAAAAUCAAUGUAAUAUUGAAUUACUGCGAGUAAAACAAAGUCUUCAGUGUUUAGAGCCUUUGCAAAUGAUCGCUAGCAAAUGGAAAAAUAAUGGAGCUGAUAAUACAUACGAUUUAAAUAAUUUUGAGUUGAUUCCACGUUAUCCAGAGUUAAAUAUGAAUUCUGGAAGCGAUAUUAAUCCUUACAAAGAUGACGUCCACUCGGCGAGAGACAAUGAAUCUGCAAAUAAUAAAGAAGAUUUCAGGUCUAAUCCGGCCAAACGCAAAUUUGUCAUCGACUAUAGAGAAGCUAAAAAGAAACUAUGUCCCAGAUCCGAGCGAAUGACUCCUUGGACCGAGAUGUUGAAAGAGAGAGUCCAGGUCAAGACUGCCCUGAAACGGCAAGUUUCCAUGAAGAGAGUGAUGAAUGUGGAUGAGGUGAAAGAAGUAUGCAGGAGUCAUGUCAAGCUGUAA